CCAGAUUCGGUGUGUCAAGGGUAUAUAACCCAACCAAGAUCUCGAAUUCAAGGACGAAAACGAAACUCGACUGAUCAACCAUGGCUACUACAUACACCGGGCCCGUCAUUCCCGCCGCCAUUGAGCCGUUGAUCUCUCAGCGUGCGAAGGAUCUCCUCCAGAAGGUAUGGGACUUCGUUGACACGGAGUGUAUCCCCGCUGAGGCACUCUUCCACCACCAAAUCAGCACCGACCCCGCAAAGCGCUGGGCAUCCUACCCUCAGAUCAUCGAGGAGUUGAAGGAGAAAGCUAAGAAGGCUGGUCUGUGGAACCUGUGGCUUCACAAGGGCUACAAGGAGGGACCUGGAUUGACGAACGUCGAGUACGCCUUGAUGGCCGAGAUCAUGGGGAGGGCUGGUCACGUUGCUCCAGAGGCCAUGAACUGUGCUGCUCCUGACACUGGUAACAUGGAGGUCUUCGCCAAGUACGGGAACGACGCCCAGAAGAAACAAUGGCUCGUACCCCUCAUGAACGGCGAAAUCCGCUCUGCAUUCGCCAUGACCGAACGCUUCAUCUCCUCCUCUGACGCGACGAACAUCCAGACCUCGAUCCGUCGUGAAGGUGAUGAGUACGUCAUCAACGGCAACAAAUGGUGGAUCUCGGGUGCUGGAGAUCCAAGAUGUAAAAUCUACAUCGUGAUGGGCAAGACCGACGCCGGAAACCCCAACCCGCACAAGCAACAGAGUAUCGUGCUCGUCCCUGCCGGGACACCUGGUGUGAAUAUUGUCCGGCCGAUGCACAUCAUGGGCUACGACGACGCGCCGCACGGCCACAUGGAGAUGACAUUCACCAAUGUCCGCGUCCCCGUCUCCAACCUCGUUCUCGGCGAAGGCCGUGGUUUCGAGAUCAUCCAGGGUCGUCUCGGACCCGGUCGUAUCCACCACUGUAUGCGCACCAUCGGCGUCGCUGAACGCGCUUUGGAGUUGAUGCUCCGUCGCCUCACCGAUCCCACACGGAAGACCUUCGGGAAGAUGAUCGGCGAGCACGGAACGGUGCAGGCCGACGUCGCAGAGUCCCGUAUGGAAAUCGAUUCAGCACGUUUCAUGGUUCUUAACGCCGCCCACAUGAUUGACCUCCACGAUGCCAAAUCCGCCCUCAGAGAAAUCGGGAUGGCCAAAAUCAUCUGUCCAUCCAUGGCUCUCCGCGUCAUCGAUCGUGCGCAGCAGGCGUAUGGUGCAGAGGGAAUUUGUCAAGAUACCGUCUUGCCCAACUUGUGGACCCAUGUUAGGACAUUGAGGUAUGCGGAUGGUCCGGAUGAGGUUCAUAGGGCGCAGGUUGCGAAGUUGGAGAUGAGGAGGGCGAAGGCGGUUGUGCAGAAGAUUGAGGAGCAGGAGAGGAGGAGUGCGAUGCUUUUGGGGCAGAAGGCGAAGUUGUGAAGAUGUGCGAGCAUGAUUUGUAUGAUUAGGUGAUGCUUUUUGUUAUACCCAUUUAUUCGAUAUACCACUGCUACUUGCUGCUUUCCCAC